GAAUUGCUGUGUCAAUGUUGCCAUAGAUACAUGCUGUCAGAAAGAUGCUGUACGAGAAGUUCAACAUAGUCGAUCUAGUUUGAGCUAAAGCAGUAUCAGACAGACAAAGUCCAGGUCACUCCUGAAUACUAUGCCAGUCUCAGUGUUAGUGUUGUUUGGUAUCUUGUUGAGUGUCAGUGAAGUUAUUAGUCAAUGUCCACCUUCCUCAGGUUUUAUAGGCAUCUACCUAAUACAUAAUGGAACUUGUUAUACUAAUGGAUCAUAUUUUUAUGAUGCUAGUAUCAUAUCAACUCCUCUAGAGUGUGUAUUACCUGGUGCUAAUCUUAACAGUGGGCAAUGGAUUGGUCCUAAUGGAACAGUUCCUUGUGACAGUGGUAACAGAUCAAAUGUUCAAUGUACUAGUGGGUCCUCAGGAGCUAGUCUCAGUGUUCAUGUAAUUGACACUAAUAAUGACUAUCUUCUACCACCUGGUGAUGGCUGGUACAAGUGUUGUCUACCCACUGAUUGUUCAGAUCCUAACACUAACAUCAUCUUUGCUAAUAUAUUCAGAUAUGCACAGAUAGCAUCAUUUACUGCUGAUCUUCCUUCUGAUAUGACAGUAUAUCCUCAGGAAUACAAACUGAAUUGUACUAAAAUUGGAUUCAACGAGUAUGGUAUUAGUAUGAGCAUUGGUGAUACUACACUGGCUAGUUACACUAAUUGUGAUGAUGAUAAUAGCUCUAAUACUUGUCCUGGUACCGAGUUAGUUAGUAGUAUCAGUAACACAAUAAGAUAUACUGUUGAUAUCACAUGGGAUGGAGUGACUGUCAGUAGUGGAUCAGCCAGUCACUCAGAAACCAUUGGAGAUCAAAUGUAUCAGUGUGUACUGGAUAAUCCUAGUAAUGGUGAUGAUAGAACACGUACUUUAACCAUUAAAGUACCAAUAAUUGCUCCCCAUUAUCUUACUGAGGUCAGAAAGACAAAUGCCACUAUCACUGUCGGCUGGUUUGCGUUUGAUUCAUCUGAUGCUGAUGGAUAUGUAGUCAAUAUCACUAGUGACACAGGCACUGUGCAGAUAGUACAGGUGAAGGGAAAUAGUAAUAAUACAAUCACACUGAAUGGACUGAGAGAACUAACAACUUAUAGCAUCACUGUCAGAGCCUAUCAACAAUUACUGGGACCUGCUAGUAAUGCAAUUAUUAUACGGACCUUACCCACAGUUAUUACUUCAAACCUAGAUGCUGCUUUGAUUGUUGAUAUUACUGGAUCAUUUGUAAUACUGAUACUUUUUAUUAAUGUUAUGAUGUUCAUCGUAAUGCAAUACAAAGUGUAUGUAAAGAAUAACGAGCUUAAAGACGACAUUUUCACAGAAGAGCUUUUAGACAGCUUUGAUGAUGAUGAAUAUGAGGAUGAGCAAUCUUUCACUUCUGGGACUUCGUCAAGUUUUGAAAAUGGUCCCAAGCCUUUUUCCUAUGGCAAUCCAAUUCAGAACUUUAAUCGGCAAAAAUACCUCAAAAAAACACCCUCACGUACUGCACAUGAUGAUCCUGACUUUGAAUUUCCUGUGCUUACAUCGCUACCUAUAUCAAUAAAUGACUUGGUUAAUCACAUAGCCAAGUACAGCAAUAAAUUUGAAGACCAAUAUUUAAGGCUUUAUACUGGUAAUGAUAGACCAUGUACUGUGGGAUAUACGGAUGAGAAUAAAUAUCUUAACAGAUUUCAGCAAAUAACAGUUUAUGAUGAUAACAGGAUAAUACUGACUCCUAAUCCUAACUUGUAUAUGUGUGAAAGAGAAUAUAUUAAUGCCAGCUAUAUUGAUGGAUACAGUAGCAGUAACAAGUUUAUAGCAACACAAGGCCCAAUGGUGAACACAUUAGCUGAUUUCUGGCGUCUUAUAUGGCAGGAGAGGCCAAUGCAUAUUGUGAUGCUAACUGACCCAAAGGAAUGCAUUAAAAACAAAUGGUGUGAGCAGUACUGGCCUAGAGCUUUAAUGGAAGAGGAAAAGUUUGGACCAUUUAUUGUUACAUUGACCAAUGUGGCAAAUCAUCCUAGCUUUACCAUUCGUAGCCUUAAUGUUAUAAUACCAGAUGGAUCCAAUGAUAGUCAUACACUGACUCAGUAUCAUUUAACCUCAUGGCCUGAUCAUGGAGUACCCAAACCAUUGUUGUCUCUUCACAAACAAGUCAUGGCUACUUGGUCUCCUUCUGAAGGUCCCAUCCUGGUCCACUGUAGUGCUGGUGUAGGUCGUACUGGUACAUUUAUUGCUAUAGACAUAGCUCUGGAACAAGCUGACAGAGAGGGAGUAGUAGAUAUUGCUGGUAUUGUUAAUAGACUGAGACAACAGAGAAUGAAGAUGGUUCAGACACUAGAUCAGUAUGUGUUUCUACAUGAUGCUGUUUUCUCAGAGACAAUCAUUGGUGGAGAGACAGAGAUACCAGCUGAUAAAUUUGCAACAAAGCUUCAGGAGUUAAAGGAGAUUGAUUCAUCAACUGGUUGUUCUGGCCUACAGUCUCAGUUUGAGCUACUCUCUCAAGUGACUCCUGAUCUUGAUGAUGCUACUGAGGAUAAUGCUGGAGAAGAUUUAGCAAAGAAUCAAGGAAGCAAUUCAUAUACCAAUCCAUCAUUCACUGCUGGUUAUCAUGACAAGAAAGCAUUCAUCAUAGCUCAGAGCCCUAUGGAGAACACUGCCAGAGACUUCUGGAAGAUGAUAGUGGACUAUAAAGUGUCUGCUAUUGUCAUGCUCUGUGGAGAAGAGGAUUGCUGCUAUCCAUAUUGGACUGGUCUAAGCACACAUGAUGACUUUGUUGUAGAAAUUGCCAAUGAAAUAAAAUCAAAUGGUUACAUAGAAAGAAUGCUUAAUGUGGAAAGCAGAAAUGUAUUGCAGUUGCAAGUGACAGAUUGGCCUCAAGAUGGAGUUGUUAGGGAACCACGUACUGUCCUACAAGUUAUUGAUGAUGUUAUACACAGACAACAAAAGAUUGGAGGAGGACCAGUAGUGGUACACUGUAGUGAUACAGUGAGUCGUUCAGGAGUGUAUUGUUCAGUGAGUAUUGGUCUAGAACAGUGUAAGGCAGAAGGUGUAGUGGAUGUGUUUCAAGUGACUAAAGCUGUGAGAAAGAGUAAACCAGGAGCUGUGACUACACUGGAGCAGUAUACUUCCAUAUAUGAUGUGAUUGACAUGUACCUUCAAAUGAACAAAGCAGAUGAUGAUACAUUUCAGUAGAUCUCUUAGGCCAUGGUUUAUUUGUUACUAUCAUUUCUAGCUAUUAAUGAUUAGAAUAAUUAUUAUCAAUAAUAACAACAACAACAAUAAUAAAAAAUUAUUAUUAUUU